AUGGGAUCCUCCAGCUCCAAGGUUGCAGGCAGGGCUGCCGGCGCUGCUCGUCGACAAUAUCCAUCCACAUCCUCCAUCACGAACACUGGUGCCUCAACAACCCCGAACAUACAACCAUGUCCUGAACCUCAAUCUUCACCCUCAGCCCAAGUCCAUCCUGACCCAACUGUCUCGUCUCCAGCGGAAACUCGCUCCGAACAUGUUGAGCUCGACGGCAGAGAUCCGCAAUUCGACUCUGCGCUGCGGAAGAUAGGUCCUGCGAAGGCUCCGACAUCUUGGAACGGACGGCCUGUUGAAGACGCUUUCCCCACUUCCAGUCAGCCCAUGCAGCCAGGUCGCAAUAUUUUCCCGUCAUCCGCCCAAAAUCCUGCUAUCAUGCUGGUCGAGGCACGUGAAAGGAUCAACAAGCGCUGGGAAGAGGAGCUGGACAACCAAGGAAAACGGGCCUUUACGGGCAGAACCCUCGUGACUGCCAAGGACAUUAAGGAAGUCUUGACUCUGCGAGACGAAGUUGGGAAGCCUUCUUCUGAGAUUGAGAAGCAAAUGCAGUUGAAGCCGGGGAUAUUGGAUCAGUUGGUCCCCAAACGAGUGGUUGCAAAUGCUUGA